GUUAUCCAGUGGCAACAAGAACACACCAAAGUAACUUCACGAGUUUCGUAACAAUGAAUCGACAAUCUACUAGCAACGAUUACGCGCACGACACYACAUGUCGCUUGAGUGCGGAAGACAAGGGAAUGAUGGCUCAAGUAUCGAUGACGAGCUGCAACCGAAUCGCUGGACAUUCCGAGGUACGUACUCAACAUGCGUACGAAGGUAUUCCCGAUUCUAUUCGAUGGAUAUUUCUUCGAGGCCWUUUGUUUCUCAGUGUUGAAGUCUCACCUUGUUUUCGUGCUCUCGAACUUCAAUCUGUCUUCAGGAAACUGCGAUGAAGACCAACAGCAACAGCCCGAAACUUUCAACAACACCACAAGAUACCUCGUUUAUGACGGAAGAAAAGAUGAAGAGCAUCUAUAUGCCGAAACGAAUCGAUUUUUAAAGUGAUCGAGGCCGGGUUGACCGAAGCAGCUGUUGCUACGUUUAUAAAAUUUUGAUUCGGAAUCAGGCUUUCAUUUCAUAGAAGUUUGAAUUGAUUUUGAAAUCAAUAGCUUUCUUUCGGUUGGUAGAACUCGGAGGGAGUUUCGGCAUUGCUCAAAGAUCGUCGACAAAUGCUAACGUGUGAACCGAGUCCGUGGAUGAAUCACUCCUUCAAUAAAGAUUACUGAGGCGAUGACCAUUGCUAAUGUUGCCGGUUUGUGGUCUUUAAUUCUUGCGAGUGUUCAUUUGGGAUUCCUUGCGCAUGUAUCAGAUGUAUSUUGGUUCAUGCCAUAAAGAUAUGCUUCUGCACCUGAGGUCAACCGCUMUUGUGUUCAAAAAGAUCGCUUGUUUUUUCUUUUGUAUUUGCCAGCAGGCAUCCUGUCUGUUUUGAUUUAUUUUGUAGUUCUUAAAUUUAAAAACGAUUGUAUUUUAUAACGCUGAAAGAGCCUUUUCCGAAUUCCAUGUUAAUAAUAUAAUUCCAGGACGUGUAGUAACAUUUCCGAUACUAUCCUGGUAGUGGAAGGUAAUACUCGUACAACUAGUAUCUGCGAUUGAACAAAUCCGCAAAGCAAUGUCUCUAGCUGCAAAACUACUUUCAUGCUUCCUUCAGUGUUUGGAGCAACGAGGUACAGUAGUAAGUUACUUCCUUGCUUCAUCGUUGUUGAUGGGAGUUUCUGGUAAGUCCCAYUGUCUCAGUUUUUAUGUCUUGGAAAUAGCAAAAUAAUGUCCCUAUUUAUGACCCCUGUUGCGAAUAACGUUAUCCCUCAGUUCUUACGUAUCUGUGUAAGUAUGAACAUAAGAAGCCGAUCCAAUUUCCAAUGAUAUCAGUCUCAACGUCAAUAAUAAAUAUUCAGUUAUUUAGGAACUAUAUAUACAUGCCGUCAAUGCUCGCUCCGACGCAAGCAAGGCUCGCCUCCUCUACAGGAAGAGAGUCGCCUUCCUUCACAGCGAUCCUUUGUUUCUACCGUACCGUAGUUGAUUAUUACGAAAGACACAGCCAGUAGAUCGAAGUGACUUUCAACGACUCAUCCGAAGUGGUUUGCAGUGGAUUUUGUAUUGAACUCAGGCAUCAAGGAACUGACCAUUCGUAUAUGAUCAGUUCGGUAUCGAAUCCGUAACUGUCCACUGUAGAAUUAAACUAUAAGCAUUAACUUGUCACCAUGAACAAAUUCGUAAUUGCUGCUCUCGCCGCUAUGGCCCUGACAGCCGACGCUUCCACCCGCGUUGCUGUCAUCGAACUCGGAGCUUCAGGCACCGUUCGCCGCACGACUACCGCCUCGCGAUCCGAGGAGACCACCGUCGACGGCGUUGCCUCCUUCUGGAGUGCCCUCCACGGCUAUGGCCGCAAACUCCAGCACGCUGGCAUGCCMGUUGUUCCCGAUCUCUUUAGCCGACCCGAAAGUGGUGUCGUUUUGGGCCUGACGGGAAGCGGCAUCGACCUCGAUCGCAUGCCAACCCUCAGCAGUCUCUUGAAGGACGUUGACGAACAGGAGGAUGACCGCGUUGUCGGGCACAUGCAGGUGUCAGGACACCAAUGCAAGAAGAUGAUGAACAACGUAAAGAGCAAGCAAGAUUAUGACGCGGCUGGAUCCUUGAAGAGUGCCGUCGAAAGCCAAGCCCAAGAAUCCGGCAUCUCCGGAAUACAUUUCGAUGUUUCUUCGGCCAAUGCGGCUGAUAUCGAUGAUCAGCUAGCUUCUCUGCUCAAAGAAUAUUCCACCGAAAAGAAGGUCGUUUUUCACUUGGUUGUUGAAGAAGAAGAUGGAUCGCGUCGCUUGAAGGAGAGCGGAGCCCGAGGUGCCACAAGCAACCAACGCCGCCUCGAACAAGAAGCCGAUGCAGACGGUGAUGCCGAUGCAGACGGCGAUGCCGAUGCAGGUAACCAAAACAACAACAACGGUUACUACGGAUACGGAUACUACAACGCUUAUGGAGAAUGGGUCACUCCUUACAAGACCAUGUUCCAAAUCCAGUACUUCAAUGUUGUUUUGUGGACCUCCCUUGGACUGGUUGCAGUCCUCUUCUUCAGUGUUUAUCUCAUGAUCUACAUGCCUCUCAUGGCCGAUACUUUGUUAUUCGGCGAAUCUGCGAGGGUUGCACAUGACGAUUAAGAGGUGUUGUACGGUACUGUGCAGUACAMUAUAUCGUUUAAUACGAGGUAUAAUAAAUUAUAAAAAUACUG